GCGGCAGACAUCUUUGCUGUAAGCUAGCUCGUCCCGUCUCUGGAGUUUAGCGGGGGUGUGUUUCUUCUUCUCUGCUUCGGGGCAGCGACGGUUGUAUUUAGGUGAAAAGAUGGCGGCUGUGCAUCUGCGGAUCGGGGACUUGGUGUGGGGGAAACUGGGCCGCUACCCACCAUGGCCUGGAAAGAUUGUAAGCCCCCCCAAAGACCUAAAGAAGCCCAGGGGGAAAAAGUGCCACUUUGUGAAGUUCUUUGGGACUGAAGACCACGCCUGGAUCAAGGUGGAGCAGCUGAAGCCGUACCACCCCCACAAGGAAGAGAUGAUCAAGAUCAAUAAAGGCAAGCGCUUCCAGCAGGCGGUGGACGCCGUGGAGGACUUCCUGAAGAAGGCCAAGGGGAAGGAGCAGGACUGUAAAGGAGACUCUAAAGGAAAGAAGGCACCCAGCAAGCCUCUGAAAAUCCUGGAGGAGGACGAUGAGGACCUCAGCGCCCUGAGGGAUCCCUCUGAGAAGGACUUAACUGACUCUGACCCCGAGCCAUCUGCUAUGGAGAGGCUGGGGGCUGGACCCGGCUCUGGAUUCAAAUGGGAAACCAGCCCAGUCAAAGAUGACCCACAUUUUCAUCAUUUCCUGCUCAGCCAGUCAGAGAAGCCAGCCUCUUCCAUGGAGCCCAUAAGCAAACGCCUGAAGAUCAUUGAAGAGGUCACAGGCUCCACAUCCAUUCAAGCAGCAGACAGCACAGCCAUUAACGGGAGCAUCACCCCCACCGAUAAGAGGAUAGGUUUCUUGGGUCUGGGGCUCAUGGGCAGUGGCAUCGUUUCCAACCUGUUAAAAAUGGGUCACGUUGUGACCGUGUGGAACCGCACCGCCGAAAAGUGUGACCUGUUCAUCCAGGAGGGGGCCAGGUUAGGCAGAACCCCGGCAGAAGUGGCUUCCAUGUGUGACAUCACCUUCUCUUGUGUCUCUGACCCAAAGGCUGCUAGAGACCUGGUGCUAGGACCCAGCGGAGUCCUGCAGGGAAUCAGGCCGGGCAAAUGCUACAUCGAGAUGUCCACCGUGGACCCGGAGACCAUCACAGAGCUGUCCCAGGUGAUCACGUCGCGAGGCGGACGCUUUCUGGAAGCUCCGGUGGCAGGAAGCCAGCAGCUCUCAAACGACGGCAUGCUGGUCAUCCUGGCUGCAGGCGACCGGACCGUGUACGAGGACUGCAGCAGCUGUUUUCAGGCCAUGGGCAAAACCUCCUUCUUUCUUGGUGAAGCAGGAAACGCAGCGAGAAUGAUGCUGAUCCUCAACAUGGUGCAGGGCAGUUUCAUGGCCACCAUUGCAGAGGGCUUAACUCUAGCCCAAGCAACGGGCCAAUCACAGCAGACCUUCCUGGACAUCCUGUGCCAGGGCCAGAUGGCCAGCACCUUUGUGGACCAGAAGUGCCAAAAUAUCCUGCAGGGCAACUUCAAGCCAGACUACUACCUGAAGCACAUUCAGAAGGACCUGAGGUUGGCCAUCUCCAUGGGCGACAUGGCCAACCACCCAACCCCCAUGGCUGCAGCCGCCAACGAGGUCUACAAGAGGGCUAAAGCACUGGAUCAGUCGGACAACGACAUCUCUGCCGUCUACAGAGCCUACAUCCACUGAAGGGGGGGGGCGUGUCCUCUGGAUCCUCAUUUCUUUAUCAGUAGUGCUUUUUAUUUCAGUUUUAGUGGUUUGUUUGAAGCCCCUCCCAUCCCAGCCACCUCCCCGCCGUUGCUUCCCGUUGGAGUCCCUGAGCUUUGCACUGAUUGGCUGUGAGGAGGCUGCUGCCUGAAGACGCCAGGAAACGGAGAGAGUUUGAUUUUUAAAGUGUCAUUUUUUAUGCCCCCCCCCCCCUGCGUGUCACUGCAUUGCCUUAAUGUCAGACGGCCUCAAGUCGUUCAGUCAAGUUUGAUUUGGGUUUGUGGGCGGAGCCAUGGCUGCUUUGGUUUCCAGGUGAUCCUGCUUUUUUGUUGGCGGCGUGCUGAGGCCUUAAAGCUCUGUCCUGGCGGAGACCGCCACCCGUCAGAGCCUUUACAGGCCCGUGUGGAGCUCAGAAGGUUUGGACCCGGGUCGUCAGAGCCACAGACUGUUACACGGCAGCAGAGUCCGGGUUUGGCUGCUGCCUCCCGUCUGCAGCGCCUGCUGGUCCGCAGGUGUGGCAGUAAAUCAGAAGUUCCUCUCUACAAAAACGUUUGACCGCCUGAGUUACGGCUGAGAAAAAGAAACCCUCUUCCUUUGUUUUUUCUUCAUUUAAAUCCAACCCCUUCGGACAGAACCAUUCCAGAACCAUUCUGGACUGACUCCACAUCUGUAAGCCCAGCGUGUUGCGCUGUGACGUAUGAACGCCAUGCAGAACGCGGCGUGCAGCUCCAGCUGUGCGAGACGUGAAAGGAGCACGGCAUGAUGGGUGAAUGACUGUCAUCUGAACUGAUCAGAACUGUUCUUGGUGGGACUUCAGUGUUCAGGUUGGACUUUUCACUGUUUUCAGAGGAAACCUGUAAAUAUCACGUCCAGCUGUUCCUUUUGUGUCCAAAACCCCAAAUGAUUCCUUCUUCCUUUGGUUUGGACUGCAGCUUCAGACUUCAGGUCUGUAGAUUUCUCAGACUUGACACAGAAGCGUCUCUUAUAAUCCUGCUCAUCGCAUUGAAAUGAUCUUUUGGACCCCAGCGGUCAGAGGGGGGGCAACUUUGCUUUAGGGGGAUAUUUAUGAUUUUGUGUACGUAUAGAAAUGCAAAGACUUUUGUGCUGUUUAAUAAAUCCUCCCCUGAUUAUGGA